AUGAAGUUCUCUGUUGCCUUCAUCGCCGCGGCUGCGCCUUUCCUCCUUUCCGCUGCUACCGCGGCUCCUACCUCCACCACGGACGUCGCUGGCGAUGUUCCUGUUGUCGAGGUCGAGACUGUUGAUGUCGAGAAGCGUGAUGCCAAGUGGCAGCCUUACUACGGUGAACCCAUCAUGAAGCGCGAGGCUGAGGCUGAUGCCGAUGCUAGGUGGCAGCCUUACUACGGCGAGCCCAUCAUGAAGAGGGACGCCGAUGCUAGGUGGCAGCCUUACUACGGUGAACCCAUCAUGAAGCGUGACGCCAAGUGGCAGCCUUACUACGGUGAGCCUAUCAUGAAGCGUGACGCUGAGGCCGACGCUGAGGCCGACGCCGAUGCCAGGUGGCAGCCUUACUAUGGCGAACCCAUCAUGAAGCGUGAUGCUGACGCCGAGGCCAAGUGGCAGCCUUAUUACGGUGAGCCGAUCAUGAAGCGUGACGCCAGGUGGCAGCCUUAUUACGGCGAACCCAUCAUGAAGCGUGAUGCUGACGCCGACGCCGACGCCGAUGCUAGGUGGCAGCCUUACUACGGUGAACCCAUCAUGAAGCGCGAGGCCGAGGCUUCCGCUUAA